UCCUAUCUAAUAUAUCUGCAAACGUAUGUAUUAAGAAAAGUCCUCUGUAUCCGAAGCUGAUCACUGUCAAUAGGAGCGAAGCCGGGAAAACCUGCGCAGCUUUCUCUAAACACAAUUUCACAUUUGUGCGGCCACGCCUCUUCCGCAGAAUUCCAUGAAGCGAUCGGUCAUGGAGCCGGAAAUAAUUGAGAUUCCGCCUCCAGUUUCUCGGACUCCGAAACAGCCUAAGACGAAAGAGAUUAUUUUUCAUGACGUAAUUGAUGUUGAAAGAGAUGAAGAUGUUGAUAUCAUUUUCAUUGAAGAUGAUGCCGACAGGAAAAGUAAAGGAAAAGUCAUGAAAAAUGAUACUGGGGCUUCUGCUAAUGAUCAAAAUAAGAAAAAUGCCAAUUUCGUUCCCUGUCCUGAUGUGGAAGCAGUUGAAUUGGUCAAUCAGGUUAAUAAAAGUACCAUCCAAGGCUUGGAUGAAGCAAUCAACCUAGAUGAUCUUAGUUCUAAUUUAUCAGUUGAUAAAUUAUUUGAGGAUGAUUAUCUUAGUCUUUUGUCGGAUGAUUUUAUGGAUAUUGACGAGUAUGCAAGUUUGCAAGGUUAUUUUGAUUUUAUGGAUGUUCCUCCUGGAGUGGAGGCAUCUGUUCCUUGGUUCUCUGCAUAUGAGAAAAACAACAGAGCUAGUGGAACUAAUUUAUAUAAUCCUUUUAAAGGGAUUGAGCCAUCUCACUCUUCUUACUCAUUCAAGCCUGCCCAACUAAAUAUGGAGACUCCAGUCAAUAUGUCAAGUUUGUCAACCCCAAUAGAUUCUGUGAGCCACCCUUCCGGAGUGGAUUUCUUUUCACCUAUGUUGCAACCCCAGACCAACCAAAGAAAGGGAAAACUAACUUCUUCCAGACAUAGUGGGAGUUCUCUGAAACUCCCUCUUGACAUUGAUUCAGGUGCUUCUAGUAGUUCAACCAUUUCCACUUCUGUUAACACAAUGAACAGAGUGAUGCAUCCUGCUGGAAAUAAGCCUUAUUUGGGAACACAUGCUUUUGCUAGUGUAAAGCAUCAUGGAGUUCCCAGUAGUCUAUAUUAUCCCAAUUUUCCUGCAAAUCCAACACAAACUUAUGCUUCAAUCUAUCCUCCCACUCUUGAUCCAUCCAUGACCAUGUGGCCGGGGGGUUUCAAACCCCAAAUGAAUUCGUUUAGUAGUUAUACAAGUAUUCCAAGUUUUAAUGAUCCCUUUGAUGCUGCAAACAUCCCUCCUGAAGAAGGUGUAGACAAAAAUCAUAGUGUUCUUGAUGGAAAUGAUAUUCUAGGAAAAUUCGAGCAUUUUAAGCGAUUUGAUACUGUUGAAGAUUAUUCUGAUCAUCAUUAUAAUGCAGAAGGUUCUUCUGUGAAGCAGCCACCUAAGAAUUGGGCAAAGAGAAUACAAGAAGAAUGGAGAAUCCUGGAAAAGGAUUUGCCUGAUAUGAUAUUUGUUAGGGUUUACGAGACACGAAUGGAUAUCAUGAGGGCUGUAAUCAUAGGAGCACAGGGUACUCCCUACCAUGAUGGCCUUUUUUUCUUUGAUAUUUUCUUCCCUAGUGGCUAUCCUAGAGUACCGCCGCGUGUCUACUACCACUCUGGUGGCCUUCGUCUCAACCCAAAUUUAUAUAAUUCCGGGAAAGUAUGUCUCAGUCUUCUUAACACAUGGGCUGGAGGUGAAAAUGAGAAGUGGAUCCCUAACGUGUCAACAAUACUACAAGUGCUCGUCUCAAUACAGGCACUAAUAUUGAAUCAGAAGCCCUUUUUCAAUGAGCCUGGAUGGGCCCCUUUGAGUGGUUCAGAAAAUGGCGAGAUGAGGUCUCAACAAUACAAUGAAGAUACAUUCAUCUUAUCGCUGAGGACAAUGAUUUACACAAUGAGGAGGCCACCCAAGCAUUUUGAGGAUUUUGUCCGGGGCCACUUCUACAAGUGUGCUCACGAUAUUCUAGUUGCAUGUAAAGCAUACAUGGAUGGUGCUCAAGUUGGAUGUCUGGUUAAAGGUGGAGUUCAAGAUGUUGAUGAGGGAGAUAAAAGCUGCUCAGAUAAGUUCAAGGGCUCUCUCCCUGGCUUUAUAGAGAUGCUCGUGGGCGAGUUCAAGAAAACUGGAGCCAAGAACUUGGAUAAGUUCCAAACCCCAGCAGAAAAAGAAAGAAGGAAGAGUUGAGUGAGUACUAUCUCCGACUGUCGAAUGAUUUUUUCCCCCCAAGUUAGGUCCCAGUUUUGAGACUUAAAGCCUUCUACUAGAGGCUUGCAACUUAGUUUUUUUAAUCCCGAUUUAAAAGCUUAUAGAGUUUAAAUGUCAAUAAUACAUUUCUGCUUUAGUAAAUAAUUUUGGGUUUUGGAUACUGUAAAUGGGUGUGUAUGCAGAUAGGUUAGAGUUAUAACGAACGUGAUUUUGAGCGUAACAAGAUCUUUUAACACUA